AUGAAAUUUCUAUGCCUCCCAGGAGGUCAUUGCAACGCCAAGGCUCUCAAAAUCCAGCUAGGCCCUUUCUGUGACGCCCUCGCAUCCAAUGGAAAUGCCAGCUUCUACUACACGCAGGGAACCACUGAGGUGUGGGUUCCACCACAAUUUGCCGGAUUCUUCGGUCCACCUCCCAAUUAUACCUUCAUGAAGGUCGAUGGGCCCCUGGUACAAAGGAACAUGGGUGAUUUUCCCAAACGCGAUACCCCGGAAGAGUCAAUGAAAGCCGCCACGCAGGCAGCAGGCAAUCCCACAUUCUCCUGUAUGCCUCAGGUCAUGGACCGUCUAGUUGGCAUUCUUGACGGUGAGGGCGACAUUGAUGGUGUGAUUGGCUUCUCUGAGGGAUCCCAAAUUGCCGCAUCGCUUAUUCUUGAGGAGCAAAGAAGAGAGAGAGAACUUGGUCGGAUACCUCGACUUAAAUGCGCGAUCUUUUUCAGCGGAUGGCCGCCAGUACACCCGGUGACUGGCAGGCUUGUUACGGCCGAGGACUAUAAUGAAGAACCGAUUACUAUACCAACCUGUCAUGUUGUGGGUGGGUCAGAUCCGUUCAUUGAUGGGUCAAUGGCACUGUACAAUAUGUGCGAUCCAGACAAUGCGGAUCUGUUUGACCAUGGAGGGGGGCAUCUAAUUCCAAGAAAUAAGCAGGUUACAGAGGAGAUUGCUUUAGUGGUACGCGAGAUGAUCAACUGCGCAGCCUGA